UAAAUAUAUAAAAUGGCAGAAACAAAAGAAGAAGUUAAAGCUUAGCCAAAAGUGUAUUCAUAUGCAGACUUAAUUGAAUUUGAAAAUAAAUAAGCUUUUAGUUCUAUAGGGAAAAUGCCAAUUUCAACAAAGUAAACACUACCAAGUUACAGUUUCGGUUCUGCUGAACGUGCAAAUUAAGCAAAACUUUAUCAUAAUAAAGAACUAGCAAGGAUAGAUUUUGCAGGUAUGAUAAGUAUAUAAAACAAAUAGGAAAAUCAAGUCCUGGACCAGUUUAUAAUGUGAGAGGAGGAGAUCAAUUUUAUUAUACAAAAGACGCAGAUACAAAGAUCGGAACAGAGGCUCGCAAUACUCUUAAUACAGGAGCUAAAUUUGAUUAUUAUUAAAGGAAGGAUGUAGAUGUAAAACUAUAAUUGUUAUUAAAAAGUUUGAACCAUAAGAAGCUGAUUUAAUUAGAAAAACAAAAGCAGCAUCAGUAAAAAUAGGAUUAGAAUCAAGAGUAUUUAUUAACUUUUAAUAUUUAUUUUAAUAGUUUCCUCCUGAGAAAAGAUUAAAAGGAACACCUGGUCCAUAAUAUGAUCCAGCUAUAAAACCAGAAGUUCCAACUCCACCUUAAUUUUCUUUUGGAUAUAGAAGAGAUAUUCCUGGAGCAUCUGCAUUAGCACCAACAUGUUCAACUCCAGUUAUUGUUGGACCUGGAGCUUAUUUAUAAAAACCACCUGCUAAUACAAGUAAUUUAGAAGAUGCCUCUCAUUGGACUAUUCCUAAAGGACCUAAAAUAGGAAAAAUCUUUGAAGGAUGGGAUAAAAAUCAAACUUAUGAUACUAAAUAGUAAACUUAAUAAGAUAAAAAGGGUUGCCGUCGGAGUAUAAGUUAAUUCUAAAAAGAAAUCAUAUCCUGCAUUCAGUGUUGGGAAAUCAACUAGAGAAGCUAAAGUUGGACAUUUUAAAUAAUUAAUGGUCAAAGUCCCUUCAAAGGUACACAUUCCUCAUCCUAAAAUUUGA